AUGGACCAAGCCGACAUCCCCGCGCUCCUCUCCCGCCUCGCCUCGGACGAGGACGCCGCCCGCAAAAUGGCCGUCUUCAAGCUCCAAUCCAGCAUCAACGACCCGGCCUUUGCCGAUGUGUUUAUAUCCUCUGGUGGUCUGGUCAUCCUCCGCCGACUGAUCAUGACAACGGGGGGCAACACCCUCGCUUACUCCCUCCAGUCUCUCUCCCGCCUGUUGGAGGUAGACAUGGGCUGGGAUAUAUUCGAGGGUGCCGGGGCGGGGGAGCUGGUGGAGAGGGUUGUGGAAUUGGUGGUCACGAACCCGUUGGUGAAUAUCCUGCGAGGGGCGAUGAGUAUACUGGUGGGAGUGGUGGGGCAUCAACCUGGACAGGGGCAAAAAGGGGGGGUUGUGCCGGGGACGUUUGGGUUCCGGGCGUUGAAGCCGGCCGUGGCGGUUUAUCCACAGUUUUUCGAACUGGUGAUUCAGCAGUUGCAGAGUGCGGAUCACGCGCUUUGUGCGAAUGCUUUGGGGUUGAUUAAUGCGCUUGUUAGGGAUGCGGUGGUUAAUGAUGUUGCUAGUGGGACGGUGGCUGCCGGGGGGGCAAAAGGGGGAACGGCGGCGGGGGGGGGGAGGAUUGGAGAUCUGGGGUUGAUCAAGGCGGUGUAUAAUUUGUUGCAGAGCUCGAGUUUGCAAGAUUUGGCGCACCCGCUGUUGGAGUUUCAGGGGCUGACAAAGGUUUUGCUGAGGAAGUGGAGGGAGGUGAGGGUUGAUCUUGAGAGGCCGGAGCACAGGCGGGCGUUGAAGGGGUUGCAUUUGGCGAGUGCGCCGGAUCGGAGGCAUGUUAAUGGGGUUGCGGGGGGUGUGGUGGUGCCGAUUCCGCCGCAGCAGGAGGAGGGGACAGCUGGGCAGUCGGGGACGGCGACUACCACUACCACUACGAGAAAGACGAGCAGGAAGCACAACCCGGAGAAGUGGAGGAGGUUGGGGUUUGAGACGGAGAGCCCGGCGGCCGAGUUCGAGACGGCGGGGUUUUUGGGCAUGAUGGAUUUGACGGAUUAUGUGAGGAAGAACGAGGAUGGGUUUCAAAAGUUGUUGCUGGAGCAGUCGACGCACCCGCUGAAUGAACGAUGUCCGGUUGCGAGGGCGAGUUUGGCCGUGACGAUGAUCUUGUAUGAUCACUUUGAGGUGGACAAGUCUGACUUGGAGGAUAUCAGGGGUUAUCUGGCUCUGAAUGAUGGGAAGAACAAUGACAGGCUGUUCAAGCCGCUGCUGCUUCAGUGGUCGAGGCUUCACACAGCGGGGCUGCAUGCUUUCUUUCGUAUGUGGAAGGCUACGGGGGCGCAGAGGGAGGACUUUGACAAGGUGGCCGAGCUAGUGAGGAUUCUCAUUGAGCAAGUUGUCGGCCAGGCUAGCAGAACCAAGGACGUGCUGGAGGUGGAGGAUGACUUGCAAGAGUACGAUGCUGGUCGGUUGAGGGAGUUGCAGAUGGAGCUGUUGGAGCUAUCAUUUGAAGACCAAUGGGGCACGCAUCUCUUCCAGGUCCGCGAGGAGCUCAAACACGAGGCGCUGUCGUUUGUCAAGGAGCAGCGUAUCCGGUGUCUGCUGCAGGGCUCGUGGUUUACCAAGCCCAUGUCCCGCAACAACAACGCCCACUCGAGAGAAAACAGCUACCAGAAGAGAAGGCUUUAUCAGCCCUGGCGGUAUGCCAAGCUCUCUCACAACCGGCGCUACCUUCACUAUGCCGACUUUCCUGAGCGUCUUGCAUAUGAUCCCGGCCUCGAGGCUCUGACGGAAAAGAUUGAUCUGAGCACCAUCAGCUCUGUCGUGUCGAAUGUUUCCGCUCCGAACGAAACAGAGCCGGUGGCAGAUCCUGAUGCCGCGGAUAGCCCGGCUGCCAACUCGACUGCCUCCCGUCAUGGCGCGCAAGUCCACAAACCCACGACCAAGAUUACGAUUUACAGCUUCGCGGAGGACAUACCUGGCGGCAGCAAGCCAGAGAGCGUCGCGGGGAACAGCACAAGCGCCGUGGCCGCCACCUCGAACGGGGAACCAAAAGAGCAGCCGAUUCUGACGCUGUUCCCGCUGAACCACAGUUUGGCGUCGGAGUGGCUGGACGGGUUGCUCAUGUUGUUGAAUCAGACGCCGAUCACGGCCGAGACGAACAAGCUGGUGACGUUGGUGAGCGAGUACGGGUUGAAGAUUAGACUGUUGAAUGUGAGGUUGGAGCAGAUGUAUGCCGGGCCGGUUCCUGGGGCGGGGGUGGUGCCUAGUCGGGAGGGGUUGGAUGAGGAUUAUUUUUAUGAGAUUUGA